AGAUGUGCUGUGCACUUAGCAGGGGAAGCCAGCAAGGAUUCACCAGUUCCUCUAGCUGCUGCAGAAGACAGAAACAACAUGAGCACCAGCAGCACAGCAGGAAAAGUGAUAAAAUGCAAAGCCGCUGUGCUGUGGGAGAUCAACAAACCCUUUUCCAUUGAGCAGGUGGAGGUUGCUCCCCCCAAGGCCAAUGAAGUUCGUAUCAAGAUGGUGGCCACAGGAGUCUGCCGUUCAGAUGAACAUGUUGUUAGUGGACAACUGGCCAUGCCUUUUCCCGUGAUCGUAGGCCAUGAAGCAGCUGGCAUUGUGGAAAGCAUUGGAGAAAAUGUGACUACAGUAAAACCAGGUGAUAAAGUCAUCCCGCUCUUUACUCCCCAAUGUGGAAAAUGUGCCGUUUGUAAACACCCAGAAGGCAACUUAUGCUUGAAAAGCGAUCUGGGUAAGCCUCGGGGGACCAUGCAAGAUGGAACCACCAGGUUUACCUGCAAAGGGAAGCCUAUCCACCAUUUCAUCGGCACCAGCACCUUUGCUGAGUACACAGUGGUGGAUGAGAUCUCAGUGGCCAAGAUUGACCCAGCUGCACCUUUGGAGAAAGUCUGCCUCAUUGGCUGUGGAUUUUCUACUGGCUAUGGAUCUGCUGUCAAUGUUGCCAAGGUCUCCAAAGGAUCCACCUGUGCUGUGUUUGGCCUUGGGGGAGUCGGCCUUUGUGUGAUCAUGGGCUGUAAGGCAGCAGGAGCAGCCAGGAUCAUCGCAGUGGACAUCAACAAAGACAAGUUUGCAAAAGCCAAAGAGGUGGGGGCCACUGAGUGCAUCAGCCCACAGGACUUCAAGAAGCCCAUCUCCGAGGUGCUGACAGAAAUGAGCAAUGGAGGCGUGGACUUCUCGUUUGAAGUCGUCGGUCGGCAUGACACUCUGAUGUCAGCCCUGGCAUGCUGUAAUGAGGCCUAUGGUAUAAGUGUCGUGAUAGGGGUACCUCCUGGAUCCCAAAACCUUGAGAUGAACCCUAUGCUACUGUUGACUGGACGCACCUGGAAAGGAGCAGUUUUUGGCGGCUUCAAAAGUAAAGAUUCUGUGCCCAAACUGGUGAGUGACUUCAUGGCUAAGAAGUUUUCACUGGAUUCAAUCAUAACCCAUGUUUUACCUUUCGAAAAAAUCAACGAAGCGUUUGAUCUUCUUCGCUCUGGAAAGAGCAUUCGUACGAUCCUGACCUUUUGAGCCGAUGCAGAAGCUUUACCCUUGUAGCUGCCUCAAGCACCAGCUAAAGAUGCCUUUAUUCUGUUCUUCAACAAUUUGUGCUUCAAGAAAUUCCACAUGAGAGCUUUCUCAAAGGGGAAAAUUAAAAUGCUGUGAAAUAAUUUUUCAAGCAAAUCCAAAUGAGAGCUUGUUGAACAUCAGUUGGGUAACUGCGGCCAGUACCCUCUUCCUCCUAAUCAUUAGGUUCGUCUUAUCUUUCUCAUUGGGAAAAGGCAUUUCCUGUGACUUCUUGCACUUUUUGUAUCUUGACUGCCCUUCCUCGUUGAAGGAACCCUCAUUAUUUGCGUCCCCAACCCAAACAGGAUGGGCUAUUGACCUUGAAGUUUUUCACUUCCACUCUAUUUCCAGAUUUUAUAUUUUCCUUUUUAUGAGAUGUAUCAAAACCCUAGAUUAAAACUACAGUAUAAGAAAAAACUAGAUGCAAACUUACAAGUGAAAAAGAUCUGAAUUUUGAAAUCUAAAAAUUUAUUAGCCACUCAAGGAAUUAGCCAUUAAGGGAAUUGCUUUGUGAAAUCAGAGUCCCUUGAGGGUGCCAAAAUUACCAUUUCAACAUACUAUCAAUCAAAGAGUGCACCAGGGUGGAGAGAUGGAAACAAUGCCUUCACUGGUAUAUAGACCUAGAUGGAAGAUAUGUCCAGAAACAAUUGCUUCACAUUCUGUAACAUUUGUUUAAUAAAGGUUUCCAUAAUUUUUUAGCAAAGCUUUUUUAUAUUACUCUCAUGUGUCUUAAUUUUGGGCCCUUUUCCAUGUCUGUAAUCCUGCCUGGGACAGUGAUGAAUAGAACUACCAUAAAUCAUAA